AUGAUCCGGGUAAGAACGGAACGCAUUCUCAGUGUUGCCAACAUGACGCCUAGCGAUCUGAACAUCAGCAUUGGAAGCCCUCUUGGAGCUCAGGGUGGAGGAGCUAUGGAGAGGAUUGGUUCAUGCGACGAGCGGUCCAUUGGCUUUGCUGUGGUCAGCAAUCGACUGGUGAUUGCAAUCGCGACAGUUGAAGCUUUGAGCAGCGCAUCGAACCAUAUCGAAUGGUCUCCAGAAGUCGCAUUGAACGUGAAAGGAGACACAAAGCCGAUUGUUGUACCACCCGCGCAGGCAGGACUGAGGAGUCUGGCAAGUGUGUACUGUAUCGAGUUGGUCAAUUCAGAUGGAUAUUUAAAGCUGAUCAUCCGUCCACAAGUUGUGGUGAUCAACUCGACGAACGGUGACUUGAAAUGUGCUCCCACAGACGGGCGAGGAAACGCACUUGUUGAAGACGGCAGAUCAUCGGUGGUCGCGGGGAGCAAUUCUGGGUGGAGUGUUCCUGUCUGUCUGCACAAAGAAGCGAAUAAACGGAGUAUUACGGCUGAUAUGUCGUCGUGGUUAAGCUCAAAGCUAUCGAGGCGUCCAAGCAAAGACCCAUUAAAAACGGUGAAGCAAGCUAUGGUGGCAAGGCUAUCAUGCUCUUUUCGAGUGACUCUCAUGGAAGAUGGAUACGAGUGGACAGAAGAAAUAACAGUGAUGCUCCCUAAAAUCCCUCUCCUGCUCACUUCAGAUGGCAAAUUGAGAAUUGCUGAACCGGAGACGUCGUCAGCAGGGCCUACCAACACGCAAAUAGGCCUAUAUCCAGCCCCAUCUACGACGACGUACCGAAGACGCUUACUAAUCCGCCAUCGUGACUUCAGACAUAAGGCGCUGACGUACACCAUCACUCAAAAGGAAAAGUCCAUUCACAUUAUUUUCUUCGUGGACCAUCAACCGCCUGUGAUUAUCCACAACCAGUGGGAAAACAUGCUGGGCUUCCGAAACGUGUCAUUCCCAUCGGAUCCGGAGGGUGUUGGUGCGGACUAUUACCUGGAGUAUGAUUGGAGUCUGCAGGUUUCUGCAAAGCAUCGUGAAGCAACGACAGAAGAGAGUGACGCCGGUGAAAAGGAGCGUGAUGCAGAGAGUAAGCUGCUAAGAGAUUGGUUGGAGGCUUCAUCUCAGUUUUAUGAGAAUGCCGACGCGUCUGGCACAACAACCAGUGAGCGCAUGCGAUUCCAGAUCGGAUUACCACAAUACGGGUGGUCUAAUUCGCUGUGGCAGGUUGGUGGAAUUCAGUUCGCGUCUUUCAGCACAGAAGACGGGAUUGCCCCCACCUUCUUAGUCAUGUGCUUCUAUCGAGUAGGAUCGUGGCUCAUAUCCAUCACUUGCCUAGAGGACCCGACUCGUGAUGGCCAGGUAAAUCCUACGCCGUCGUUAAUGUUGCCUUCCGUGGCAUCUCCAGCGGAAGUUGACAAAGCUGUUCCAGCGUACUUGAAGGUUGGUGUGGUCGUGGAGGAACUAUCUCUUCACUUUUGCGACGAGCAUGAUCCUCUACGGGAUGCAAGAGGGAUGAUUCUGUACCCAGAGAUUCUACGAGCAACGUGCAACGCUGUGUCAAUUGUAUUUGCGACGGCUCCAGAUCCGCCAGAAAUUUCUCGUCACAGCGCUCGCUUGGGCUAUCUGUCGCACAUUCGAUCGUACACAACUUUAUUCGUUGCGGUCGAAGAUAUUGAAGUGGGGCAUUUUCUACAAACCUGCAACUUCCCGGUAAUUCUUCACUUCCCAGAAUCACAUGCGUCGAAGAACUCGCUUCAGUUUGAUCGCGUAAAGAAGCAAGAGAAUCUGGGGAGUUUGAUGGGUAAGCUACUUGACAAGCAACUACCAGGUGCUGAGCAUGCGUGCUUAAUUGCCAGAAUCAUCUACACUGAUACAUGGGACCCGGUUGGCAUCCCAUCAUAUUUCCACAGCAUCGAGCUGAAAUUAUCCCCAGCCGUCCUCCAGGUGGAAGACGACAUCUUGACGUACGUGAACUCUUUUGUGCAGCCAUUAUUUGCCGCAGCUGAAGGCGAGGCUGCUGUGAGAGCAAUGCACGACAAGGAAGAUCGGAAAAUCGCACCACGUGAUGCCUGGAGCUUACAUGCGUAUGAAUCAGUGGUGGUAACGACGCAGCGUAAAGUGUAUAUCGAGUGGCUGAGGAUCAGCAAUCUACAAGUGACGAUCACAGCGCGAGUCUCGAUUCCUGUACUUAACAGUUUUGAUGGCACACCGCUGUAUUUUGGACCAACUGAGAUGCGCGAGGUGUUCUCGUUCCCUGACCAGUUGAUCAAGGACUUGGCAGCAGACUACGUGGCUGACACGAUUGUCCGCUCUCCGAUGCUACUAAUGUCGCUAAACAUAAUUGGCAACCCAGCAGGGUUCCUUCGGAGCUUUGGUCAAGGUGUUCGAGAUCUAGUAGAAAUUCCUCUGGCCGCGUCUAGAAAAGGCUACAGUCCGUGGAUACUCACGAAGGGUGUGGUGGGUGGUGUCGCCUCCUUUUUGGGCCAUACGACCGCAGCUACACUCACUUCCGUGUCCGGAUUCUCGUAUUCCAUUUCGCGGACAAUGGAUCAACUCACGCUGCCGCCAGAACAGCUACGAAAGCGCCACUACACGCGUCCAACGCACUUGUCGUCGGCGCUUGCAGAUGGCCUGGGAUCACUAGGCUCAAGUGUUGUUGGUGCAGCAGCUGGAGUGAUCACUACUCCGAUUGCAGUGUACAAGGAGCGUCAGCUACAAGGACUCGAUACUGGUAUUCGAAACGUGGUAGGCGGUGUUGGUAUGGGGCUAGUGGGAAUUGUCGCCCGACCGAUGGGUGGCGUUGCGUCGCUUGUGUCCAUGGCGUCAGAUGGACUAUUGUACGAAAUGGGAGGCAGUCGCACACCAUUUGAUGAUUCUGCCUCCCGGUUCGAUGCAAGACCUAACGAACUCUUGCGUUACAAGCUGAAAGUGCUACGGGGUGCGAUUGGCAGCAGCUUACUCAUUGCGCAUGGCAUUUGGGUUAUCCCUGUGGGCAAUCUCCUGCUCGAAUCUGAGCAAGAACUUGACUACAUCUCGGAACAACAGUUGGAAACACCGGAGAACGAACCGCUUCGAGAACUUCUUCUGGCGCGUGAUAUUACGCAUCGUCUGGUUCAAGUGACAGUUGUGUGCUCGAGCGAGUGCAUCUAUGUCGUGGGAGUGAGCGGAGCACAGAAUCAGGUCGUGUUGGUACGAACACCGUUGAAAUCGAUCGAGGCGGUUGAGGAGAGUCUCAAGGAGCCUACCGUUUUUGAUUUGGGCGUUAAGAUGCCAGCAAGUGCAGAAUGGCUGCGCUUCCGACUGCCACCGCGUCAAAGGCGGCACUUGAGCCAUCAACUUCGACUUUGGCUGGCUAAAGAUUCGAUUGUGUAA